AAUAUCUUUUUUACAUUUAAACCUUGAAAAGGACUUAGUUGCAAACUAAAGAUGGUGCUAAUAAAAAUUUGCUUUAUUAUAUUUUUCUUAAAAUCAGAAGUUAUAGCUAAACAUAAGAAUAGAGCUAGUUCGGCUGACCCCCUAGUUACACUGGAAGAUGGAAAAAUAUUGGGAAAAAAUGAAAGAACACUUUCAAAUAAAACCUACCAUUCAUUUGAGGGUAUUCCUUUUGCUAAACCGCCAUUGGGAUUACUAAGAUUUGAGCCACCUCAACCAAAUGAAAAAUGGAAUGGAACCCUUUUGGCAAAAACAAAUAAAAGUAGCUGUAUACAAUAUAAUGACGAUGGAUCUGAGGAUUGUUUAUAUCUAAACAUUUAUACUCCCAAUCUAACUCAAAAUUUGCCUGUUAUGGUUUGGAUAUAUGGUGGAGCUUUUGUUAGUGGUGAUGGUUCAAAAGAACUUUAUAAUCCUGAGUAUUUAUUAGAAGAAGAUGUUGUUGUUGUUAAUAUAAAUUAUCGUCUGGGAAUUUUUGGGUUUUUAAGCACCGGUGAUAUGGCUGCACCAGGUAAUACCGGUUUGAAGGAUCAAAUAUUGGCCUUGAAAUGGGUGCAAAAAAAUAUUGCACAUUUUGGUGGAAAUCCCAAAAGUGUUACAAUUUUUGGAGAAAGUGCCGGAGCUGCUUCAGUAUCAUAUUUGGUACAAAGUGAUUUAACCAAGGGGUUAUAUCAUCGAGCUAUUAUACAAAGUGGAACAACUUUAUGUCUUUGGAGUUUAACUAGAUAUGCAAGAAAACUAGCAUUUGAUGUUGGAAAAAAUCUCAAUAUAUAUACUUCUAAUUCAUCAAACUUGGUGAAUGAAUUAAAAAGAGUUAAAGCAUCUGAUCUUCAUUUUAAAACAAAGUUUAUUUAUAAUUUGAAUGUUGGCAAAAUAAACAUACGAAAUGGAUUACCUAUUGGACCGGUAAUGGAACCUAAUCAAGAAGGGGCUGUUUUUUCUGGAAAAAGUUAUGAGAUGCUCUCCAAGGGUAUUUUUAAUCGUGUCCCCUUAAUGAUUGGACAUACUUCGCAAGAAGCUCUUGCAGCUGGAAAUCUUCCAAUACUUGUUAAAUUGUUGCUUGGGCAUUUUACUUUAAAUAGAGAAAACUUUACACUCAUUGAUAUGAAUAUAAAAAACCGAAUUAAAUCUUUAUUUGUUGGAGAAACAAUUAAAUAUUAUUAUUUUGGAUUUAAUUCAGUAGUGCAGAAUUCUCAUAGUCUUACUCAGUUCAUUAGUGAUGACCAAUUUAACCGACCUAUAUCGAAAUCUGUGAGACUCCAGUCUCAGUAUGUUCCAGUUUAUUACUACGUAUUUUCUUAUGAGGGAAAAUUGGGACAAAUUUAUGAUGGAAACCUGCCAGGUGUUGGUCAUGCUGAAGAACUACAAUAUAUUUUUAAGACAAAAAAUGUGAAUAUUUCACAAUCGGAUAUGUUGACAAUAAAACGAACUGUCAAACUAUGGACAAACUUUGCUAAAUAUGGGAAUCCCACACCAAGUAAAGAUGUUUUAUUUGAUAAUGAAAUUUGGAUUCCAAAUUUUAAAAAUAGCUCUAAAAAUCUUAGUUAUUAUAAUAUUAACAAAAAUUUAUCCAAUGGUAUUAAUCCCAAUGGAGCAAACCUACAAUUUUUUCAAAAUCUUUAUGAACAAUUUGGAAAUCCUCCUUAUGAUACUUAUUAAUUUUUAGAAUAUUAAAGUAAUUUUGAACUCAAUUUAAAACAUGCAACUGAAAACAUCCAAACAGAUUUGACAUUUUAAUGAACUGCUAUUGUUUGAUCCUUUUGUAUAAGAAUAUUAAUGUUUAAGUUGUUGUUUAUCUUUCAUAAAUUUUAUAAAAAUAUUGUGUAUUGUGUGUAAGGUUUUUAAUUAUAAUAAAUAAUAAUAAAA